CUGUGAUGAUGAACUCGUGUUGUAAUGACCCUCCAGUGGUACUCACCGCCAGCAAAUAUGCGAAACGCGACAGUGUGAGUGCUACAGGAACAAUUCUACCAGUAUAACGAUGUUAGUAAAUGUAGCGGUACUAGCAAAUGUAGCCUUACACUGAUAAUUCAUAAUGAAAGUUGCUGCUACAUCAUGGAGAGGAUGAGCUGCUAACAGGAGCUUCUCUAAGUAAGACUUCUUAACUGCUAGCUAACAGUGGAAAGCACCAAGUAAGGCGCAGAUACACGUGAGGAGCUCAGUGUAAUUGUGCUUUUGUCUGUCACGAUGUUGCUGUGUAGAUGUGUUAUCUUCAAUAGUGUUGCCAAGUUAAGAAAGCAAACAGCUUUGACACAAGUCAGAAGAUUUAUUCAGUGGAAAAUGUCAGACGGUUUAAUGCGAGAUGGAAACACAACCACAGCAACUGUCAUGGCUACUAAGAAAAGGAAUCUCAGUUUUCCCUCUUCAAGGUGUCUGUCAAGGUCAGCCGAGGAGGCAAAAGCUCGAGUGAAGAGAGUUUCAGUAGAGGGCAACAUUGCUGUUGGAAAAUCAACCUUUGCAAAACUCCUGCAGUCGGCUUGUUCAGACUGGGAAGUGAUGGCAGAACCUAUCGACAAGUGGCAGAACAUCAAGAGUGAGACCUCCAAGGGAAGCGAUGCGCCUCCCCAGUCGACUGUGAGCAACCUGCUGCAGAUGAUGUACCAGGACCCUCAGCGCUGGUCGUAUACGUUUCAGACGUAUUCCUGUAUGAGCCGGCUGAGAACACAGCUGCAGCCUCCUCCAGCUCGCCUGCUCAACCUGGAAGGAACACCUGUCCAGGUGUAUGAGCGCUCAGUCUACAGCGACAGAUACAUCUUUGCUCUCAACAUGUUUGAGCUGGGCUGUAUCAACACUACAGAGUGGGCAGUCUACCAGGACUGGCACUCCCUGCUGGUGGAGCAGUUUGGACACCAGGUGGAGCUGGAGGGCAUCAUUUACCUCAGAGCUCCACCAGAGAAAUGUAUGGAGCGUUUGGAGAAGCGGGGAAGGACAGAGGAGAAAGGAGUGCAACUGGACUAUCUGGACAAACUGCACACUCAACAUGAGAGGUGGCUGGUUGAGAAAAGCACCGAAGUCCAUUUUGAGAAGUUAAAACAGAUACCUGUCUUAGAACUCGAUGCCAGCGUGGAGUUUAAGAGCGAUCCAGAGGCGCGGGAACAAUUUAUUACAAAGGUGAAGAACUUCUUCAAUGCUUUAUGAGAAGUUGGUCGUCAGCAACCGUCCACUGUUGGAAGGAAACCGCUCGGACCUCAUUCAGUCAAUCGUGUUGACAUUUAGCUAACAUAUAGAUACAUCAGCGUUUCUUCAAGUGAAGGAAGUACAAAGCAAUAUAAGACACACUUCUGCAAGACCGUACUACAUGAAACCCAAAAACUGUUUGUCUUUAUAUGAAUGUGUUACUUCUUAGCAUUCUACUGCUACGUUUUAUUUCCUUUUUUUUUCAUUUAUUUGUUGUGACGCAUGGUUUAUUUAUAAAGUUACUGCUUGAACUGUACUGAUCAUUUCUACUGAGAUCUUCAGAACUAAAAAUAGCUCACAAAUGUCACUGAAAUACAGUCAGUACAGCGAUUUUAAAGAUUUUAUGAAGCAUAAAGUAAAUCUUUACGAGAACAGUUGGAAAUAAGGUUCACUCUAUAAGUAAUGUUUUACAUAUUUCUGGAACAAGCAUAUAAAGCAGGUCAUGUUUCAACCUGUUAAUAAAUAAAAGUGUGCUUUUUGUAAACUA